GUUUCGUGGAGCAAGCCAGUUACUCAGCGCAACCCUUGCAUCCUUCUCUAAUCUUCAAUCCUUCUCAUACAAUCAUGUCUGCAGAAACUGCUAGCCAGCCUCAGAUCCAGAUUCAGACUUCUCCAUCAGCCAGGCGUGGCAAACGAGGCGGACACAGAGGCCAGGGCGGUCAACACGGAGGCGGUGGUAAAUCCCGAGGCCGCAAGGAUCCAAGUGCAGCCACACCAGCCAACCCCGUUCUUACUCAGCCAACUCAGAGCGAAGUCGCGCCUGCUCCAGAAGCCACAGAAGUAUGCUGGAUCUGCGCAGAGCCCGUCAAAUACUACUCAGUAUCAGCGUGCAACCACCGGACAUGUCAUGUCUGUGCUCUACGCUUAAGAGCACUUUAUAAGAAGCUGGAUUGUACAUUUUGCAAGGAACCUCAAACGACAGUGAUAUUCACGACUUCCCCCGAUGCGCUUUUUUCUUCUUACACCCCCGACAUGAUCCCGCAUAAAGACUCCAAGUUAUUAAUCUAUUUCGAGUCCACUGAUAUGAUGGAAGAGACGCUUAUUCUUCUACGCUUCAAUUGUCCUGACUCGCAGUGCGAUUAUACCGCGACUGGAUGGGGUGAUCUUAAAUUACACGUCCGGGGUACGCACGGAAAGAUGAUGUGUGACCUGUGUAUCCGAUUCAAGAAAGUUUUCAGUCACGAGCAUGCUUUGUAUUUCCCCAACGUUCUACCUUUACACUUGCCGUCUAUGCCGCAUCGGUCUCAUAAACAAGUGACAAAAGAGCCGAUUGAAGGCGGCGUACAUCCAUUAUGCAGCUUCUGCAAAGAAUGUUUUUUCAGUGAUGAUGAGUUGUAUGUUCAUAUGCGCGAACGACACGAGGAGUGCUUCAUUUGCAAACGGAAUGAAAUACGAGAUCAAUACUUUCAAGAUUAUGAGGCCCUUGAACAACAUUUUAAUCAAGGGCAUUUUGCGUGUUCAAAACCUGCCUGUCAGGCUCAAAAAUUUGUGGUGUUUGGAUCUGCGAUCGAUCUCAAGGCGCAUCAGGUCGAAGUGCACGGAGCAGAGAUGACUUCAAGAGAUAAGAAGAAUACUCAGCGAGUUGAGGCAGAGUUUGAAUUUGGGGAUGCUGGUGGUGGGCGUAGGGGGAGACGGGACCGGGAACGAGAUCGAGAUCGAGAACAUGAGCCGCCACCUGCUGCGCAGCCUAGGGCAGUGGCAAGACGCAGGGAAGCAUUCGGUGGCCAUCUGACUACUACCAGUUCUCCUGCGCCUAAUGGAGCGCAAACGCCGCAAUCGGCUGGACCUAGCCGACGAGCUUCGCCAUCCCCACAGCGAAACGGGGAAGACGUCGAUCCCGUUGUAGCUCAGCGUCAUGCGGCAUUCAUUUCAAGGUUACAAUCUGUUGCGCCAAACCCUACCACUGCCGUGCUCGCUGCUAAAGCUGCUGUCCGAGGAUUCCGAUUCAACGAAUCUACCGCCCGUGAUCUCAUCUCGACAAUAUGGAACGUUCUUGACAGGAAUUUAGAUGACACUGCGGGUAUUGUCAAUGCUAUCGUCGACUUAUUUGACGAAGAAGAGAAAAAGUCUAAUCUGCUCUCCUCUUGGAACGGAUUCAAAAUCGAGCAACGUCAGCAGUUUCCUGAUCUAGUACCUCAGGAAGUAGGGUCAGGCUAUGCUGGUAUCGCAUCCGGUCGCGUCUUAAACGUCAAGCAUGCUACCGCCGUGCGAUCUUCGUCACAAUCUUCGAGACAAGUGUGGGAUCGUGUUGCACAGGCGGCUGGAUCUUCCUCAUCUCGCAUUGGCUCCGCUCCUACUCCGAUACCACGACCGCCAGAUAGUUUCCCGGUUCUGACAGGUCCCUCUCAGCCGCAGCCUGCGUUCCGUCAACAACAGCGGAACACCCCGUGGGCUUCUGGAUCUGGAUCUUCUAGCACAGGUUCCCGAGCACCGAAAUCGGUACAAACUCCUGUAAUACAGCAACGCGCUGUUGCGAAGAAAGGUCCGCCGCCACCGUCGCUUACAUCUGCUGCUUUUCCAGUGUUGCCUUCGUCUGGCAACUCUCGUAUGAAACCACUAGUCAGCGGGAAUCAGUCUCUACGAAACAUUCUUGGUGAAACUGCUCCGACCGUUGCUGCUUGGAAAAGCAAUGGUACGGCAAGCGGGGGCGGUACUCUGAUACCGGAAGAACAGAAUGUUGCUGAAGAGACUGCUAGUGGAAAGGGAAAGAAGGGAAAGGGGAAGCAGAAGCAGACCCUGUUCACUCUCGGUUCUUUCCCAACAUAAGCAGAGGUGUCAUCGUGCCUCCCUAUUGCAUUCAUUCAUGCUGACGGACUGGGAUAGACGUAUAGAUAUGCCAAUAAUGAAAAUCUCUUGACGAGUCUACUAGAAUCCCCGCAAAACCGGUGCUAUUCGUCGCCUGGAAUCCGCCAGAAAUCCGUGUUUCAUGUGAGCGUGCAUCGUGAUGCUAAGUGCAAAU